CAGUUCGCACGUCAAAGCCGGGCUCAGGCCGGAGCUGGGCGCGGGGCGCCAGGAGCCGCGCGGCCUCAGAGAGUCCGGGGCUUCGGUAUCCUCGAGAAGGCGGAGGCGACCUCAGCGGCGGAGGCGGCGCCGGACCUCGGAGCCACAGGCGCAGCCCGACCGAGCGCGGGAGCGCGGCCGCCACAGCGGGAACUCCUGGGCCACCGUCCGCCCGCGCAGCCGCCGCCGCCGCCGCGGGAGCCCGUCGCCCGGAGCAGCUGCGGGCGGAGGACAACGGAGGGCCGGAGCGUCCGGGCCGCGCCGCGGGGACCGAGCGAGCAGCCCGAGGCGGCGGCGGCGGAGGACGGGGACGGCGACGACGCGGAGAGGGAGCUCCCCGGCCCGGCCCAACCCCGCCAAGCAGGUAGAGUGCAGUGGAAGCCUUUGGUGCUGCCGUCAUGCCGUUCCCGUUUGGCAAGUCUCACAAGUCUCCGGCAGAUAUUGUGAAGAACCUGAAGGAGAGCAUGGCUGUUUUGGAAAAGCAGGACAUUUCUGACAAAAAAGCAGAGAAGGCUACAGAAGAAGUUUCCAAAAAUUUGGUUGCCAUGAAAGAAAUUCUGUAUGGCACAAAUGAGAAAGAGCCUCAGACAGAAGCAGUAGCUCAGCUGGCUCAGGAGCUAUACAAUAGCGGGCUCCUCAGCACCCUGGUAGCUGACUUACAGCUCAUUGACUUUGAGGGCAAAAAAGACGUGGCUCAAAUUUUCAACAAUAUUCUCAGAAGACAGAUUGGUACAAGAACUCCUACUGUUGAAUACAUCUGCACCCAACAGAGUAUUUUGUUCAUGUUAUUGAAAGGGUAUGAAUCUCCAGAAAUAGCUCUUAAUUGUGGGAUAAUGUUAAGAGAAUGCAUCAGACAUGAACCACUUGCAAAAAUCAUUUUGUGGUCGGAACAGUUUUAUGAUUUCUUCAGAUAUGUUGAAAUGUCAACAUUUGACAUAGCUUCAGAUGCAUUUGCUACAUUCAAGGAUUUACUUACAAGACAUAAAUUGCUCAGUGCAGAAUUCUUGGAGCAGCAUUAUGAUAGAUUUUUCAGUGAAUAUGAGAAGCUACUCCAUUCAGAAAAUUAUGUGACAAAGAGACAGUCACUGAAGCUUCUCGGUGAGCUGCUGUUAGAUAGACACAACUUCACUAUUAUGACGAAAUACAUCAGUAAACCUGAGAACCUCAAGUUAAUGAUGAACCUCCUCCGAGAUAAGAGCCGAAACAUCCAGUUUGAGGCCUUUCAUGUGUUCAAGGUGUUUGUGGCCAACCCCAACAAGACGCAGCCCAUCCUAGACAUCCUCCUCAAGAACCAGACCAAACUCAUUGAGUUCCUCAGCAAGUUUCAGAACGACAGGACCGAGGACGAGCAGUUCAAUGACGAGAAGACCUAUUUAGUCAAACAGAUCAGGGAUUUGAAGAGACCAGCUCAGCAAGAAGCCUAAUUCCCAAGAAACACCUGCGAUAUCCCACCCAACUUCAGCACUUGCUGUUAGCUGCUCAGCAUCAGGCACUCUUAUCGAUCCAUGAGGAACAUUACUGCUAAUCUGCUAUUAAGUGAACGGUUUUUCAUUUUACCUUUUUGUUUUUCAGUCCAGGUUGGAGAACGUAGCUGCUGCUGCUUGCACAUUAGAGCGCACGUGGUCUUUCCCUUGAUCUCUGUAUCAUUUCAGAACUCACAGACUCCAUUUGCUACAGGAGUUCUGAACAUGCCUGGGCUCAUGAAGGCAAAUGUAUGAUGAGAGUGGUCUAGGGAAAAGGCGUUGAUGACAUCGGCUAACACCUGUACCUCGGCACUGCUCUUUGCAGAUCUGUGCAGUACGACAUGGGUACACCUGGCUUCCCAUUGCCAGAUCAUCCACCUUCGUCGAAGGAAGAUGGCAUUUACAGAGAUUUGUUGGAGAUCAGAGGGGAACUGUAUCCAGUGUGAGCUUUGGGGAGAAUAAAGUUGACGUGCAAAUAAAUUGAUACUGAAACUUAGCAACUUCUCAAGUGUGGAGCUUCAUAAGGUCAUAAGGAAAGUGUAUAUAUGCUUUUCACAGCUUUCUAGAACUUUUUGACAUUUGAUUUUCUUGAAACUUACAAACCUGGAUAUGUUGAAGGGUGUUUGUUAAUUUUACUUUUGAAGGUGUUUUUAAACAGUAGAGCUAGUAGCAACACCUUACGUUUCAUUUCAACACUGCUUACAGGUUUCUUUUGUAUAUAAUUCUUAGAUUGCUCAUUUCUUUUAAAUCGUUUAAUUUGUACAGCAGAGGAAUGUUAUUGUAGUAGUAUGUAACUAUUACCUGAGUUUUGCAAAAAAAAAAAAAAAAAAAGAAUGCUCAUGUAAUUGAAAUACUUGAGAUCACAUGAAAAUGCUGAUUUUAACAUUUAAGGAUCACAGCAUUAAAAGAAAAAAAAAAACAAAACCAAACCCUUGUAUUCAGUUACCCAACGGUUUACCGUUGGCAGGCAGAACUACACCUGGAACUCAGUCUGCUACACAUUCUUGCAGAAUAUUGGCCUUACUCAUUUAAAAUGCGUCCUAAGAUUGCCAUAUCUAUGAAUGAUACAGAUUAUGCUAAAUAAUGCUGAUUCUUUGUGGGGGACCUCUGUAGAGCACCCUUUCUUUCUUAGAGUAAGUAAUAUCCAGUACAGUAGUCGUGAAACUGAAUAAUUAAAACUGGCUUCUCUUAGGAAAAGAAGAGCCCUAGUCCUAGGUGUCCUCUGGGGAGAUUGAUGGUUUUUAAUGUCCUUUUCCUUAAUGCCGCAAAUUAUCAGUAUUUAUAAAGUGACUGAUUUUGCACCACUUUUUGUGACUGUGACCACAACAGAACAAUGUCUCCUAGACUGUAGCUACAUAAAGUUACUAGAAUGGUGUCUGUUCGUCCCAGUGACACACAGAUCACAACUAACAACUUAAAAUCAGAGUUUGCCCGAUCCAAUUCAGCAUGGCUGUAGCUGACUAAAAAAUUUACAUAAUUUUUCUUUGCUAGCCUCUCUUACUAACUGAAUUAUUCACUGGCCAGUAAAAGGAGCCUCCUAGCUGAUGUUUUAGCAGGUGUUAAAGUUUUCUUCAAGGAACACAAGUCAGAAAAUCCACUCCGUAAAAUAUAGGUCUGUUCUAUUUCAUUUAAAUGGCAGUCUACAAUAAAGGGUUUCCAAGGCUCUCUUUACCAGGGUGUGUGUGUGUGUGUGUGUGUAUAAGAGAGGAAAGAGAUAGAGAAUAUUCAUAUUCUCUAGUAGAAACUGGGGAAGCAGUCAAUCUCCUGGAUAAGGAAAUCUUCAACUGGGUAGGGGCCAGACUGAGCCAAGCUAAGUACCUAGUCCUUGCCCCACCUUGUCCUGUCUCGGGAUAUGGUGUGAUAGCAGCCAUUACACCAAGUGGAAGGGUGUCUCCUUGCCAAGCUAGCUCUUAGAACUUGAGACAGCAGAAUAGCUUCCACUUGGGCAAACAGUAGUACUAGAGUCAUGGUGUUAAAAGAUGGGGUAUGAUGUGUCAAAGAAAUGUGUUACAAAUGCAUUGGAAGCUGAAGGUGGAGAAGACUUUCUGGAUUGUUUUUAAACAGAACAAUGUGAAAACAUUCAAAAUUGAAAAGUUGCAUUUGAAUUGUGAUCAUUUCUAGGUUCCAAUUACCAGAACAAUUGUCCUGGGUGUGGUUCCUUUGGUGUUAUAAAGGGUUAACUUUACUUAAGGCAGUUAUUGUGGGUUUUUUUUUUUUAACCCUUAAAAAAUUGGGAGAUGUAUACAGUUGUUAAUGACAUGGAAGUGUUUCCUUUCUCCUGAGGAAAAGUGAAUUUCUUAUCAGAAUAUCUGGCUGGCCCUGUAAUUUAAAUUAAAAUAAAAUUUUGGAGAAAC